UCUUUGCAUGUUCUUUGGUAGUAUUUUAAUAUAAUUAUGAUUGUUCCACCCACAAAUUUAAACACAAGUAAUUAAAGUUUCCUUAGGAAAAGACAUUCUCAGGGGAAUCUACCUAGGAUUUUUACCACCCUGGCCGUGUUGCAUAAUAAACUACAACUAAUAUUACAAGCGGAACUCCUUUUCCAAUUCCACUUUACUUUGGCAAAAUAAAAAAUGUGCUUAAUAUCGGCGUGAUUUUAUUGUACAGUUAUGUAAAAAGACUUGGUUUCAAUAGGACAUCGAUGUUAGGUCUACAGCACAUUUCAGCAUUUAUCAGUUUCUGAUUCAGACGGCUAUGUCGGUAGAGGGUGUAGAGUGUGUGUGGGUGAAGGCGGAGCCCCAGUGCACCGAUCACGAGCAGCCCGUAAGUGCACAGGCGGCGCACACAUGUGCGGUGAAGGCAGAGACUGAGUCAGACAGCGCGGGCGCUUGUGGCGUGAGCGCGGCCGGCCUGUACCCCAUAAAAGACAUUAAAGUGAAAAUUGAGGUUGAGGUUGACCCCGAGCAGGUCCUUCAUCCUAAGGAGCUUGUAGUGUGUCCAGGGCAAACUCAACAUGAAGACCGAAAAGCGCAACCAGACUCAAAAUCUUUAAACAUUAAAACAAAACGAAGAAAUGGCAAAAUGAGUGACAACAAAAAAACAUAUCCUUUGACAUCCCGUUGCAAUAUUGACUUGAGUAAAAGGUCGAGAAUAAUUUCUCUGCAUGAGCAAGGCAAAAAUAUUUCCGAGAUUGCUAGAGAGACCGGCGUCACUAGAAAAACAGUUUCUCUAUGGGUACACAGAUUCCAUGAGAAAAGAUCAUUGCGCGACCAGCAAAGGACCGGCAGGCCCAGUCUUAUAGACAAUUCGCAGCGGCAACUCAUGAUAAAGGAAUUUGAGGAGAAUGGGUUCAAGUCUACACACCACUACGCUCGGUUAUUUGGCACCAGUGUGGACACAGUGAGACGGGUGCUGCAUAGUGAAGGGCUGUAUUAUCGGCAGGCGAUCAAACCUCUGUGCGACGGACGAUCGUAUGAGGAUGACCCGCAAAACUUUGAAGAGGAAAAAUGAGAAGAGGAUGAGCACUAUACUGCACCGGGAGUGAUCACGAUGACUCCAUAUCGUCACGUGACGCCCGAGCUGUAUGUGUCAUCUGACGACAAGACCCCGCAACGGCGUGUGACGUCACCUGACGACGGGAAGCCGCAGCUGCGUGACGUCACGGAAGACGAGACACUGCAGCAGUGUGACGUCACCUGACGACGGGAAGCCGCAGUAGCGUGACGUCACCUGACGACGGUAUGCCGCGGCAGCGUGACGUCACCUGACGACGGGAUACAUAAGCAUGUGUCGUCACCUGCAUGAUGACGGAAUGCCCCAGCUACGUGUGUCGUUACUUGACGACAGGACGCCACAGCAGUGUGUGACGUCAUCUGACGUCCAGACGCCUCAUCGCGUUACCCCACUGUCACAUUCAGAGGAAGAGAAACCUCUGUUCCCGAGUCGCCAGUGUCUGUCAACUAUAUGCUAUAUGCCAAAAAAAAUCGAUUUCAUGCCAAAAAUGUCAUCAUUUUGGAAAAAAGCUGAUACGCUUCACUGCCGGAUCGGUUUCUAUCAAACAUAGCUAAGAACUAUUAUUAUAACACCCCUCUUUUGCGUCGGGGGUAAAAAAGUGUGUGUUCCAAUAUAUUUGGCCACUUUGGUCGUCAGGUCACUCUCUAUUUGAUUCCGAAUGCCCGUAAUAUGGUUAUGAUCUUUACUUAGCAUUUGCUCCCACUGAGGUGGCAGUGGAAUUUGGAAGUUUAUGGUACUUCCACACUUUGGCAUUGCGAAGAUCGUACAGAACUGCACACUGACUAUGGGUAGUUAGCUUAAACAUGCUUAAAUGGACUAAUACUAAUAAUAUUAACGAAAUAUAGCGUUUUGGAAUUAUUUUAUAAUAAA